AUGGAUCCGCAGGCGCAGUCUCAGCAGUCUCAUGCACAGCCGAACCGUUCGGCCCCAGCCUACGAUCCCAGCCAUGGUGGUCAUUACGGUGCUUGUGCAGCACUCGCAUCACAAGGCUUUGCGCCGGCUGAGCUCUAUACUGGUCCAUGGGCAAAUGUCCACCAGGGCUUGACUGGCCAGUACAAGGACAUCUUGACGACUUACUGGCAGCAAACCAUAACGCACCUGGAAAGCGAUACACAUGACUACAAAAUUCACCAGUUACCGCUUGCGCGGAUUAAGAAGGUGAUGAAAGCUGAUCCAGAAGUCAAGAUGAUCUCAGCCGAGGCCCCAAUUCUUUUCGCUAAAGGAUGCGAUAUUUUUAUUACCGAGCUUACUAUGCGUGCUUGGAUUCAUGCCGAGGAGAACAAGCGCCGGACUCUCCAGCGCUCAGACAUUGCGUCGGCUUUGGCCAAGUCAGAUAUGUUUGAUUUUCUAAUUGACAUAGUUCCGAGAGAGGAAGCGUCGUCUCAUGCGAAAAGAACCGCUGCACAAUCUACUGGAGGUCCACAGGCCGUACCCGCACCUCCAGGACAAGCCCCGAUGGCAGGUCAGCAUGCCAACAUGGGACAGCCUAACCACGCUUCACACGCCAUGGCUGCUGCGGAAUAUAUGGGCGGCCACCAUCUUCCUACCGAACAAGACUACCGACAGAAUCCAAACAUGUACGCUGGUCAAGUGCCUCCUGCGCCCUCAGCUCCUUAUGGGCAGGCACAAGCACCUGCGUCCAUGUAUGGAGAAAUGGAAGGCAUGUACCCAUACUCUGCCAUGCAGGCACAACAGGCGCCAAUGUCGUCUGAGGAAUUUGAGUAG